AUGGGCACUCAGGCACCGAUUUUACGAACAACGUUAGAAAAUACAUUUUACGGUUUGAAGUUCUUAAUCGGGGAUGUGAGUGGAGCACCACGCGGUUGGAACGGUAAAGUGAAGGAAGCUCGAAGACUCAUCGCUGAAGGAGUCGACCCUAAUAUUAGAAAUUAUCGGAAUGUGACACCUCUGCAUUAUGCUGCUAUGAAAGGUCAGAAGAAUGUUGCUGAAUAUCUCAUCCGUGAAGGAGCAAAUGUUCAUAAGGAAACUUAUGAGAAAGACACACCUCUUCAUUUAGCUGCUCAGCAUGGUCAUGAGAGUGUCGCUGAAUUUCUCAUCCGUGAAGGAGCCAAUGUUAAUAGUCAUAGGAGUGUCGCUAAACUUCUCAUCGAUGAAGGAGCAAAAUUUCUUUAUAAAAAUAAUUUGAAUCAGUCUCCUUAUCAGUUAGCUAUUAACAAUGGUCACAAAGAGAUCGCUGAACUUGUUGCCCAAAAAUUGAAUGAUUGGCUAAUAGAAUAG